AGCAUCUGAUGUAUACAUGAUUUCAAGCACUGUGUCUUCUAAGAUUCUUAAAGCAAUUGCAAAACAGGAGGGUUUCAAUUUUGUGGAGACAUUGACUGGAUUUAAGUGGAUGGGAAACAAGGCAUGGGAAUUAAUGAACGAAGGAAAAACAGUGUUGUUAGCAUUUGAAGAAGCCAUUGGGUACAUGUGUGGAACCACCGUGCUUGACAAAGAUGGAGUGGGAGCUGCCAUGCAGCUGGCACAACUAGCAGCUUACUUAGAGACCCAAGGAAAAUCUCUACGUCAACACCUGGACUUUAUUUACAAUGAGUAUGGUUACCACGUGUCAAACAACUCGUACUUUAUUUGUCAUCACCAACCCACUAUUGAGGCAAUGUUUCAUAGGCUCAGAAAUUUCAAUGGCCCAGAAACAUACCCAGAUAACUUGGACAGUUAUGUGAUUCAAGGUGUUAGAGAUCUGACCACAGGAUACGACAGCACUGAACCAGAUAAAAAAGCCGUGAGCAGCAAUUCUUUUACUUUUGUUUUAUCAUAGAUUUGAAUUACUUAC